CCAUCUCUUCCCUUGCAGUGUGUCUUCGACGACCUCAGUGGCUCUGUGUCACUCUCCUGGGUGGGCGACAGCACGGGGGUCAUCCUCGUCCUGACGACGUUCCAGGUGCCACUGGUGAUCAUGAGCUUCGGGCAGUCCAAGCUCUACCGCAGCGAGGAUUAUGGGAAGACCUUCAAGGACAUCACCAGCCUCAUCAACAACACCUUCAUCCGGACUGAGUUCGGCAUGGCUAUUGGCCCGGAAAACUCAGGAAAGGUCAUCCUGACAGGCGACGUGUCUGGUGGCAGCCGCGGCGGCAGGAUCUUCCGCUCAUCCGAUUUCGCCAAGAAUUUUGUCCAGACAGAUUUGCCUUUCCACCCCCUGGUGCAGAUCACCUACCACCCCCAAAACUCCAACUGCCUGCUGGCCCUCAGCACCGAGAACGGCCUCUGGGUCUCCAGGGAUUUCGGGGAGACAUGGGAGGAGAUCCACAAAGCCGUCUGCCUGGCCAAGUGGGGUGCGAAUGACACCAUCUUCUUCACCACCUACCUGAACAACUCCUGCACUGAUCUGGGGUUACUGGAGCUAAAGAAAACCUCCGACUUCGGCAAAGCCUUCAAGGUCAUCGGCACCAAGAUUUAUUCCUUCGGGCUGGGAGGACGCUUCCUUUUCGCCUCCGUUAUGACAGAGAAGGGUACCACAAGGCGCAUUCAUGUCUCCCUCGACCAAGGCGAGACCUGGAACAUGGCCCAGCUCCCCUCUGUUGGGCAUGAGCAAUUUUACUCCAUCCUGGCCGCUAAUGAUGACCUGGUGUUCAUGCAUGUGGACGAGCCAGGCGACACGGGUUUUGGCACCAUCUACACCUCUGACGACCGCGGCAUCGUCUACUCCAAGUCCUUGGAACGGCACCUCUACACUACCACUGGUGGGGAGACCGACUUCACCAACGUCACCUCGCUGCGGGGCAUCUACAUCACCAGCGUCCUCUCUGAAGACAACUCCAUCCAGUCCGUGAUCACUUUUGACCGCGGUGGGGAGUGGGUGCCGCUGCGGAAGCCCAAAAACACCACCUGUGACUCCACAGCCAGGAGCAAGGAAGAGUGCAGCCUCCACAUCCACGCCUCCUACAGCAUCUCCCAGAAGCUGAACGUCCCCAUGGCUCCCCUCUCCGAGCCCAAUGCUGUUGGCAUCGUCAUCGCCCACGGGAGCGUUGGGGGGGCCAUCUCGGUGAUGAGCCCCGACGUCUACAUCUCAGAUGACGGGGGCUACACCUGGGCACGGAUGCUGGAGGGGCCGCACCAUUACGCCAUCCUGGACUCGGGCGGUCUUAUCGUCGCCAUUGAGCACACCAGCCAGCCCGUCAACAUCAUCGAGUUCUCGACGGACGAAGGGCAGUGCUGGUAUCGGUACGCUUUCUCCAAGGACCCCAUCUUCUUCACUGGCCUGGCGUCCGAGCCGGGGGCUCGCUCCAUGAACGUCAGCAUCUGGGGAUUUCGGGGGAGCUUCCUCUCCCGCAAGUGGGUCUCCUACACCAUCGACUUCAGCGAGCUGCUCAGCAGGACCUGUGAGGACAAGGACUACACCAUCUGGCUGGCGCACUCCAGCAAUCCCAGCAUCCCCAGUGACGGCUGCAUACUGGGCUACAAGGAGCAAUACCGACGUCUCCGCAAGUCCUCGGUGUGCCAGAACGGCCGGGACUACAUGGUGACCAAGCAGCCGACUGUCUGUCCCUGCACACUGGAGGAUUUCCUCUGCGAUUUUGGCUACUACCGCCCAGAGAACCAGUCCAUCUGUGUGGAGCAGCCGGAGCUGAAGGGACACGACCUGGAAUUCUGCCUCUACGGCAGACGGGAGCUGCUCAAGACCAGCGGGUAUCGGAAAAUCCCUGGGGACAAGUGUUUGGGAGGGGAGAGCCCAAGUCGGCAGGAGACGGACAUGAAAAAGAAAUGCACCAGCAACUUUCUCAACCCCAGCCAGCUGGCAGCAUCCACCAGCUCUACCCCCAUCAUCCUGGCCGUUGUGGCCGUGCUGCUCAUCACCGCCAUGGCUGGAGUCCUCCUCGUCAAGAAAUAUGUCUGCGGGGGCAGGUUCCUGGUCCAUCGCUACUCCGUCCUCCGGCAGCACGCAGAGGCCAACGGCGUGGAGGGGAUGGACGCACUGGACCCCGGCACCCCAGCCAGCAAGGGCGGGUACCACGAUGACUCCGAUGAGGACCUCCUGGAGUAGCAGCACAGCAGCGCCGAUGCUGGGGACACCGCUGCGCAGGCAGGGCCCCCCCGUGCAGGCAGGGCCCCCCUGCACCCACUGCCUGCUGUGGCCGGGGGCGGCUUUGCUGCUGGGGGGCACACACACGCAGGGGUUUAACUUAACUCCAGUUUAAUAUUUCCUUCCAGCGUGGGGGGCUUUUAUGGUCUUUUAUUUUUCCCUUUACUGGGCUGUUUUAUUUUAAGGACAACUGAGUAGGAACUGCCCUCCCCCGUGGGGAGCAGCCUCCUGUCCCCCCCUCUGACGGCAGCAUCGUUCCCGGGGUGCUGGGGAUGAGCCCCGAGGUGUUACCGCUGCUGAGGGGGGGCUUGGGGGGCAGCAGCUAGGCUUGCCUGCAGCUCCCAGCCCCGCUGCCUGUUUCUUCUCCAAAGCAAUAUGAGCUGGGCUGCUGCCAG